AUGAGUGUCGCGCCAGUGACCCGCGAGCCGCUCCAUCUUCGAGUGAACGAGGUUCCAUCAUGGUCAGAGGCAAUUAUGUUCGGAUUUCAGCAGGCAAUGCUGUGCCUUUCUGGACUACUCGUCUACCCAUUCCUCGUUUCCGAAAUUGUAUGCGCCGGUGACGCUACCGUACAGCUGCGAGUACAGUUAAUAGCAGCAACUUUUGUCAGCUGUGGCAUCGCUACCAUAAUCCAGACCACUUUCGGAUUACGGUUAUGCGUCCUACAUGGUCCAGCUAUGGCAUUUCUUCCUCCAUUAUUGGCCUAUAAGGCACUUCGAGCAAGUGAAUGCCCAUAUACCGAGAAAGACUAUGUGGACACGGAAAUUUGGCAUGAACGAAUUCAGGAGAUCUCUGGGAGUCUAUUCAUCGCAUGCAUCACGUUUCUGGUCAUUGGAGGCACGGGAUUGGCUGGAGCAUUGGCGAGGUUGAUUGGUCCAAUUACUAUCGUGCCACUGAUGAUUCUUCUGACCACCAGUAUUGUGCCGACCAUCGAAGUCAAGCUAUCUCUUCAUUGGAUCUCACUUGUUAUGCUCGUCAGUGUCGUAGCGAUGGCUGUGUAUCUGGAAGAAGUCCGUAUACCGGUUAUUUACUAUUCAUUCAAGAAGAAACGAACCAUCACAACCAGAAUAAGACUUUUUGGACAGUUUCCAUAUCUACUUAGUAUUCUACUGGUAUGGUUCGUUUGCUAUCUGAUGACAAUCACUGACUUCGAGCCUGUUGGUGGUCAAGCUCGUACCGAUAAAAAUGUGACGAUGGUGGUUCUUAGGGAGUCGCCAUGGUUUCAGGUGCCUUUACCCGGUCAAUUCGGUAUGCCCAAAUGGAGUAUGGGACUGUGUUUGGGAUAUGUGGCAUCAUGUAUGUCGAGUGUCAUCGAGAAUAUCGGCGCUUACGACCUUUUGGCUCGAGUCUCACAACAGAAAGCGCCUCCGAAGAACGCCAUUAAUCGAGCUAUAAUGGUCGAAGGUUUGGGCAGUAUGUUCGCAUCAGUGAUGGGUGUAGGUACCGGUGUCACCACCUAUGCGGAGAAUAUUGCCUUAAUCCAUGUCACCAAGGUUGCCAGUCGGACGACGAUGCAAAUCGCUGGUGUUCUACUCAUUCUCUUGGGUCUCUUUACUAAAAUGGCUGCCUUAUUAGCAUCAAUGCCAGACGCUUUAGUCGGCGGUGUGCUUAUGAUGGGAAUAUCGAUGAUAGCUGGUGUGGCGAUGAGUAAUCUGAAGGUACUACUUUGUCUUGGGAUUCUAAGAGAGAGUGACGAUAAAUAG